AUGGCUUCGAAACAAGUGACGAAAAGGCUACUGCUUGAGCUACGGUCAUAUGAGAAGGAUCCCAGUGACGCUCUAGUCCACCUCGGUCCCAUCAACGACGAAGAGCUGACCCACUGGACCGCCAUACUCAAAGGUGUUCCAGGCACCGCAUACCAAAAUGGCCUCUGGAAGCUCAACAUCAUAAUCCCAGACACAUAUCCCAACAAACCUCCGACCAUAACCUUUGUCACUCCCAUCUGUCAUCCGAAUGUACAUUUCAAGACUGGAGAGAUAUGUCUGGAUCUGCUCAAGUCUAGUUGGAGUCCCGUGUACUCUGUGAAGCAAACGCUGGAAGCUGUGCAGCAGCUCUUGACUUCUGCUGAGCCCGACAGUCCCUUGAACAUUGACGCAGCUCAGCUGUUGCGUCAGGGUGAUCAGCUAGGCUAUGAAGCCUUGGUGCGCUUCUACACCGAGAACCUCCGAUGGAACGGGGAAUGAUGUUUUCGUCUUUCUUUCUUUGUA